UUUUCUCCCAUUUUCAUUGUAGUACCUGAUUAUCAAGCUUCCAAGUGGAAGAACUAUCAUGGAGGUGGUGUCAGCUGAGGUGAACAGUUUACUUCCAGAGGAGAUCAUGGACACUGGUAUAACUUUAGUGGAAGAUGAUAGUAUCGAGGCUGUUAUUGUUUCAUCCCCAAUGGGAGAUUCAAUUCCCAUGGAAACGGACCUGCAAGAAAUUGUCAACAUAAAUUCAUCCAGUGAAUCUGCAACCACAGCCAUGUCUAUUACGACAGAACCAGUCACAGUGUCUAGUAACCACACUAACAAAGUUGUUGGGAAUACCAUAGUUACAAAAACAGAUUUGAAUACUGUAAAAGCAGCCUUUCCAAGUGGCCUUCAAAAACUUGGUGCCCAGACACCUGUGACUAUAUCUGCCAAUCAGAUUAUUUUAAACAGAGGAUCUCAGACAUCUGAUCUUAAACUUGGCAAUCAAACAAUUAAACCAGAUGGACAGAAGUUAAUUGUAACAACUUUGGGCAAGUCUGGCCCACCAAUUGUUUUAGCACUACCCAAUAACCAGCUGCCCCAGACUCAGAAAGCCACAUCUCAGACACAGUCAGGAGACUCUAAAGUGCAAUCUCAACAAAUCAAAGUAGUUACUAUUGGAGGAAGGCCAGAGAUGAAACCUGUCAUUGGUGUUUCAGCACUGACUCCAGGAAAUCAACUGAUUAAUACUACAACUCAGCCUUCUGUGUUACAGACUCAACAAUUAAAAACAGUGCAGAUUGCUAAGAAGACAAGAACACCAACUUCUGGUCCAGUGAUCACCAAGUUAAUCUUGGCAAAACCAAUUAAUAGUAAAGCAGUUACAGGACAGACAACUCAAGUAUCACCAGUCAUCGCAGGGAGGGUUCUAUCACAAUCUGCUCCAGGGACACCCCCAAAGACCAUAACGAUAUCUGAAAGUGGCGUUAUAGGGUCAACUCUCACUUCUACAGCACAGACACCAAACAAAAUAGCCAUCUCACCUCUGAAAUCUCCCAAUAAGGCAGUGAAGUCAGCUUUGCAGACCAUCACUGUUGGAGGAGUGAGUACGUCGCAGUUUAAGACUAUUAUUCCUCUGGCAACUGCUCCUAAUGUUCAGCAGAUUCAAGUGCCUGGAAGCAAGUUUCAUUAUGUUCGACUUGUUACAGCUACAACAACGGCCACCACCAGUAGUUCAGCCCAGCCAUCUAGUCAAAACCCCAGUGCAAACACUCAACCUCUACAGCAAGCAGCAAAACCAGUAGUGGUUAAUACAGCCCCUGUUCGGAUGUCAGUUCCAAUUGUUCCAGCACAAACUGUCAAACAAGUUGUUCCCAAACCAAUCAGUACAAGCUCACAGAUAGUUACAACUAGCCAACCCCAACAACGGCUUAUUAUGCCAGCCACACCACUGCCACAAAUUCAGCCGAACCUCACCAACCUCCCCCCAGGGACUGUUCUUGCACCAGCCCCUGGGACAGGCAAUGUGGGGUAUGCCGUCCUUCCAGCCCAAUAUGUCACUCAGUUACAGCAAUCUUCAUAUGUGUCUAUAGCAAGCAACACUAGUUUUACUGGGACAUCUAGUAUACAGACCCAGGCAAGACUUCCAUUCAAUGGGAUAAUCUCAUCAGAGUCUGCAAAUCGACCCAGAAAGCCCUGCAACUGUACAAAGUCACUCUGUUUGAAAUUAUACUGUGAUUGCUUUGCAAAUGGUGAGUUCUGCAACAACUGCAAUUGCAAUAAUUGUUUUAAUAACUUGGAACAUGAAAAUGAAAGGCAAAAAGCAAUAAAGGCAUGCCUGGACAGAAAUCCUGAAGCCUUUAAACCCAAGAUUGGAAAAGGAAAGGAAGGAGAGUCUGAUCGCCGUCAUAGCAAGGGUUGUAACUGUAAACGGUCAGGGUGUCUUAAAAAUUACUGUGAAUGUUAUGAGGCAAAAAUAAUGUGUUCCUCAAUAUGCAAAUGUAUUGGAUGUAAGAAUUUUGAAGAAAGCCCAGAACGAAAAACAUUGAUGCACUUGGCAGAUGCAGCUGAAGUAAGAGUACAACAACAGACAGCAGCAAAGACAAAGUUAUCCUCUCAAAUUUCAGACCUGCUAACUAGACCAACACCUGCCUUAACUAGUGGAGGAGGAAAAUUACCAUUUACAUUUGUGACUAAGGAAGUAGCAGAAGCAACAUGUAACUGUCUUCUUGCCCAGGCUGAGCAAGCAGACAAGAAAGGAAAGUCAAAAGCAGCAGCUGAGAGGAUGAUCCUGGAGGAGUUUGGACGGUGUUUAAUGAGAGUCAUCAACUCUGCAGGAAAAGCCAAGAGUGACCCUUGUGCCAUGAAUUGCUAACUCUUGCACAGAAACUGAAAAAUGAACAGUGAGGAACACUUAAAGCAAAGGGGCACUCAGAAAGAAGUGACUUGACUGCAUUGUGAAUUCAGUGCUUGUUUUAAAAAAAGCUAGGAUUCAUAAUAUUGAAAAAGAAGACAUUUUUAAUGAGGAAUUAGUUCUUUUAAAUUAGGUAAAUCUACUUAGAACUCUGAAUUUGAAUUAUUCUUGUGUUGUUUUGCUUUUGAAUUUAUUUGCUUAAGUUUUUUAGAAUUAGAUUGUCUGUCAUUCUGAUUCUUUUACCUGAAGAGCAUUUAUAAAUUAUCUGUUAUUUAUGGUGGAAAGCCUUGUAUUACUUUAUUCAAGUGGAAGUUGAAGAAAUAUUGGUGAGAAAUUCUUAUUUGGUUAAAGGCUUGAUCUUAGAAAAUAUAUACAUGUAAACUAAUUCUGGAAAAAAAAAUACUCAAGAAAUAUUUUGUUACAGAAAAGUCAGUGCUACCUUUUAAAAAAUUAACUGUAGGAUGAAAAGUGGAGUAAUGCCCUUUUGCCACUUUCUACGUGUAAGAAGAAGAAGAAUCCACAGGCACAGCUUUUAAAAUGAAUAUUAUUUUGUUUUUAAAAAGAUCUUAUAAUGUAUUAAUAAAAAUUGUAAGCUAAAUAUCCGAGGACGGGUAAUAUAUUUCUGUAUAACGGGACUGAUUAACAAGUGCUCUGAGAUUUCUCUAGUUUGUUUUUCAAAGUGGUGGUAUAGAUUUAAAACAAGAAUAAAGGGUCAGAAAGUUUCCUAAAUAUUAAAAUGGAAAUACUAGACAUGAUUAAAAGUAAACAUCUGUUAAUGUCACAAAGUAAUCAUAUUUACAUGUAUUUAUCAAGUGUGUCAUUUUCUGAGGGUUUGAAAGAUCUAGAUAUCAAAGCCACAAGAACUGGUGAAAUCUGAACAUUUGUUUUUUUCUCAAUGGAAAGAGAACCUUUUGAACAAUGAUCUGUGAAUUGGAUUUGAUUUACAGAAGCGUGCCUCCUAACAAAGCUAUCACAAUUUUUGUUUCUUUUAAAAGAAAAAAGUAAUAUGAUAGAUAUAUUUUUUUUUAUCAAAGAUGCUAUAGUACAUUGGUAAAGAAUCAGAAUUAUCCAAACCAAAUCUAUCAUUAGAAGAUGAUAGUAUGAUGCUUGAAGGUCUUGAUUUUUUUCAUAGAAUUAUUAAAAACAUGAAAAUCAUUUUCUGUAACUCAAGAACCUUUUUUUAUUUAAGGAUUUAAGUUCAAUAGAACUCUAGGUUUUAUGAAAAAGAAAUAACCAUGUUGGAAUUCAGCCAUUUUUUUAGAUAUCUUACCUUCUUGGUAAUUAUUACAUGUACAUGAUUGUUAUAUUUCCUACAAUGGAAUUUGUAGCAUGUGUGAAGUGCAUUACAUAUAUGUGUGAGCAUGUCCACUCAACAGUUAGAAGAUAGACAUUAAAUAAUCCUUAAAAUCCGUUAUUCAUUAAAGUAUCUUCUUUUUCUUAUUUGGACUUUCAAAGUAACAGUGCAGUAACUUUAAGUGUAGAUAGUAUAGCUAUUCUUAGCACAUCAAAUUAGUAUGUUCAAUUAAAAUUUGUAUAAAUGUAAUUAGUGUAAGUGGAUAAAAUAAUACCUAAUCAAGUUAUUUUUUAAAAGAUUACAGUAAUUUUUGUCUACAACUAAACUUCUGUGUUCAUUUUGUACAUACUCUGUGUUUAAUUCUAAUUGCACCUUUGUGAUGUGUAUUUAUAUAUACUGUAUGCAGAAAAUGUUUGUGAAAUUUGGUUUAUAAUUGUAGAUUAUGUAUGAUGGCAUUGUUGAGAAUGUUUUUCUUCUAAAGAGUUGAAGGUGCAAUCAAUUGCUUUUAGUUUCUCUGGUUUUUCAACAAGCUAUCAAAAGUAUUUUUCCCUCCCCAUAUAGUACUUCCUAAAUGUUUUCCUUUUGUAUUUAGCCAUUUGCAUCAAAUCGCUCAACAAUAUUAAUAAUCACAUUCAUUCAAUUAUUUUAAAAGAAUAUUUGGGGUGGGCUGAGUAUAUCAUUUUCUAGUUCUAUUUACAUCCAAAAGUAGAAAAGAAUAAAUUUAUAUUUACUAGAGCUAUUCAGAAAAUACACUUUUCUAUAUUGUAAAAACAAAGCAGCAAGAUAAAUCAUAAGGAAAAAUAAACAUUUAUACUAUUCUGUAAAAAAAAAUUGAUUUUGCAUUUUUCUUUAGUUUCUUUAAAAUUACUAUAUUUUUAUUAUAUCUGGCAAUUUAAUAAGUAAGACAGCUUUAAUAUAUGUAGUUUACAUUCAUUAAAAAUAAAAUUGGCUUUUUCUUUUUAGCCCACAAAUCAGAAUUUGUCACUUUGCUCAAUUCCUUAAAUCAGAUUGUUGAUUGUUAAAAUAAUGGUCAUUAUCUAAUUUAGGUUUUUUUUCCCCAACAAAAUUUCACAAUUUUAGUCUUUUCUAAACUAUGAAUAGCCUUAUACGUACUUUUUUCUUGAUGCCCCUUUGUGUCAAGAUCUUCUCAAUAUCUUUAUGGUGAAAGAGUUGAGAGAAUUUACAUUUUUUACAUUUUAACAUGCCAGAAACUACAAAAGACAAAUCACUGCUAAAAGCUUGCAUUAUUAAGAAUUAUUUCAUAUUCACUAAAUAUACAAUUACCUAAUAAAUUUUAUUAUUAUGUUUCCUGAAUCUUUUCUUCCAAUUUCUUUAAUUACAGGAGCAAUCUAUAAUUUUGGUUGGGAUGCUAGAUAAUGGUUCAAAUGAUUUUGAGGUGUAUAUAAUAGGGUAAUAAUAAUAGUUCCUAAAUUUUCCCCUGAAUGAUGUAUUUUAUUAAAAGAUUUAAAAACUUUUUAGAGUUUCAUUGCAUAAUACUGUUAAAUGAAUUCUAUAUAUCUUAAUUUGGCUCUGCAACAUUAAACACAUCAUAAUGACUCGAAUCAAAUAUAGCAUGGCAUGUCAUUAAAGUCAGUGAAGACCUGGGUUCAAGCCUUGAUUUUUACAGUAAUAAUCCCUUUUUAUUUUUUAACCGUACCAAAUCAAGCAAAACUAGUUCCCACAUUGCUCAUGGACCAAAAAAACACUAUUUCAAUCUGUAUCUAGCUUUUUCAUGAGUCCUCUGGAAUCUUUGUCAUUAUGAUGUCGUUUUUAUUGUUUAAAUUGUUCUGAUCCUGCUUUAAAUUAGUUCAUACAAAUCUUCCCAGGUUCUUUUUUUUUUUUUUUUAACUAUCCCGUUUUUUAUUUCUCAAGUACAAUGCUGUACCAUUGUAUUCAUAUACUAUCAUUUGUUCAGCCAUUCCCCAACUGAUGUGGGUACUCCCUCAGUUUCCAAUAUAGUUUCCAGUUCUUUGCCAACAGGAAAAGAGCUGAUAGAAACAUUUUUAUACAUAUAUGUCCUUUUGCUUUUUCUUUUAUCUCUAGGUGGCAUACUCCUAUUAGUUGUAUCAUUAGGUCAAAUAGUAUGCAUAAUAAUAACUUCUGGGGCAUAGAUCCAUAUUGGCCAGACCAGUUCACAGCUAUAUUAAUAAUACAUUAAUACAUCUGUUUUCCAUAGCCCUUUCAGUAUUUGUCAUUUAUUUGUCAACUUUAUCAAUUCAUGUUUGAAUUGAAACCCAGAGCUGCUUUAAUUGUCUUGAUAGUUGCUUCUAUUAGUUAUUGGAAGAAUUUAUAUAUGUGUGUGUGUGUAUGGUUUAUUGAUAGUUUGGAUUUCUUCCUCAGAAAAGCUAUGUGCAUAUGCUUUUGCAUAUUUAUCAAUUGGGGAAUGGCUCUUAUUUUUAUAAAUUUGAGUCAGUUCCUUACAUAUAUUGGAAAUGAGACCUUUAUCAAAGAUUUUUUUCCUUUUCUAAUUUUAGCUGCGUUGAUUUUGUUUGUGCACUUUUUAGUUUUUUCCUUUUUCCCAUUUUGUCUUCCGUGAUCCUCUCUAUCCUUCUUGGUAAGACCCUUUAUAUAAUUCUUCAAAAAUCAUGGAGUAAAGAAUUAUUUUUCUUGCUAUAAUACAAUUUUGUCAGAAAAAAAAUUACACCCCAAAAGCUCAGUACUUGAUUCAUUGUUUAUCCUAAAAUUAGCACAUAGUUAUAACUGUAAUCUAAAUUUUAUCAAGUAUAAAAUAAAGUAAAUUUAUUUUUGUAACGUA